AUGCACAACAGAUAUUACCACAGCUCAGCCAUUAGUACAUUCACACAACGCUACUACAGCAACUUCCGUAAUCAUCAUCACUGCAAAUCCAUACACAUCUGUACUGUACACGCAAUAGUCCGGUUGCCAUAUUCAUACACUCGACGGAAUAGUGUUCUCCAAAUAAUGACCCUCGUGGAAUAUGAAUAUUUCACACACACAAGUAAGGUUUAUAUCGUAGUACUCCUGGCACCAUUGUACUAUCGAAACAGUGGUGUCCCUAACAUUUCUUAA